CCGGAGUAGGCGGAGACACGUGGGACUUCCUUCCGGUGACGGGCCAUGGCUGCCCUCCUCCGAGCCCGGCCGAUGCUGCGGGGACCCGCCGCUGCUGCUGCCUGGUCAAGGGCCCUCCGUGCGCUCUGGUGCUAUGAUCCACAGGGCAACCCCAGGAGGGGUGUGGGCAGCAGGCCGCCCACCUCAGCAGAGAAACCGCCAGGCCUGGAGUCUGAGAAAUUCCACCUGGUCUACCGAUUCAACUCCAUCAGAGCCUGUGGGUACAUGUCUCGGCUGAAGCUGGCACAGACCGCCCUGACAGUGGCAGCGUUGCCCCCGUCCUUGUACUGGCACUCACAGGGCCUCAUAACGCACACCUCCAUGUGCUUGGCGUUUGGGGUCGCUGGCUUUGCCCUGACCAUGCUCUACUGGAUGAGCUAUUUCUUCCGGAGGCUGGUGGGUAUCCUGUACGUGAAUGAGUCUGGCACCGUACUGCGGGUGGCCCACCUGACCUUCUGGGGCUGGCGGCAGGAUACAUACUGUCCUGUGGAGGAUGUGGUCCCCCUGACAGAGACCCCGGACCGGCCCCAGGAUCUGUUCAUACGCAUCCAGCAGUACAGCGGGAAGCAGACCUUCUACCUCACCCUGCGCUACGGACAAGUCCUGGACAGAGAGCGAUUCUCACAGGUGUUUGGGACACUGGCCAAACUCAAGUGAACAGCAUGGGAGUGGGGGGGGGGGCUAGGUCUCUGGGGCCUUGCCCUGGGCUUCCUGGAUCUCUGACAAGGCUGAUGCAGGGGGUCUUGGGACUCAUCUUGAGAUGAAGAAAUUUACAAGGCUUAGGGAAAGGCCCUUGCAAGGAAAGGGCGGGGGGGGGGGGGGGGGUUGAGUCUUAAACACACCUGUUCACAACAUGAUCAGGUAAUGUCCAGAAGUUCCUGUGAAGUAGGUGGAGGAGGAAGGGAGGCCAAAUUCACUUCACUGAUAGCCUGCUACCAAGAAAAUAAAGGCUGGGGUGUGGAGGCAGAAUCUGGAGUCAGGAGACUUCAGAGACUGAGUCAGAGGCUCCUUGGGCUGGGGCAGGGCCUGCCUGCCUGCCUGCCUGCCUGCCUGCUUUCCUCCCUCCCUCCCUCCCUUGC